CGAGUUCAGAUAUUUUUCUCCCAACUUGUUAUUUUGGAAGGCCAUCCUGAUCUGGGGGAAGGUAAACUUUGCUACACAAACCGGCGUCAAGCCCCCAACCGGAAACAGGAAGUUUCGACCACGAUACAGGGACGCGAAUGGAAAACGACACACCACCGGCAGGAGUUGAUGAAUUAUCGUGAUUACCAUCGUCUCUAAAUUGAAUAGAGUAUGCUCUUUAGCGAGCCCUUCAUGCGGAGGAGGUGAGCCUGGUUGGUCACAGGGAUAUGGUAAUGUAUAGUGACUAGCGCUGGACACAGACAGCACUGGACACAACAACAACAACAACAAGGAACAGCAGAUUUGCCUGUGAUGAGUUGCGAAGGCACUGGUUUGGGGGCCCCGGGCCCACUUGCAGGGUAUUGGGAAAAAAUCCAGGAGCGCUCAGCCUCGUUGGAGACCUGUCCGUGGUGUGCUGCUAAAGGGCAGACUCGGGCUCUGCGUUCCUAUAGGAUCAGCAUCCAGGAGGUCAUCACCCUCUGCACUGACCCACAGUGCCUGUUUCCCCUGGUCUCCCGGCCUUUGGAAGAUGUCCUGGCCAGCCUCGUACCCCCUCUACCCCAAACACAGACGGGGAGGAAGAGGAAGAGUCCCAGUGGGUUGGAAAACGGAGACUCUGUAUCUUCCCCCAAAAGCGCACGAUCGGAGGAGGCCGUGUCACAGAAUGAGAGUCGCCCAGUCGUGAGGAUCACCAGCUCCAAACUCAAUGAGGAAGACUGCUUUCAUAAGACGAAGCACACGACACCAGUACAGAAGGAGAGAAUCGGCCAAUCAGAACCCACAGACAUGGAGCUGGUGGAUAAAACCCUCAACUAUCCACUUCCUGAGAGGGGAGGGGCCAAUGGAUACCACAAGGAUUCUGAUUGGCCGAUACCAGAGGAAAUGGACCAGAAAGUCCUAGAUGAGGGAGAAGGUGAUGUCUUUCUCCCAGAGGAGGGUACACCUACUUUAGACAAGGGGUUGCAUCUCCCAGAGAAGACUAUACCUACGUCACAACUGUCUUUUGUAGAUGCUGAGCCUGUACCAAAGGAGAUUAUCUGUCCCAUUGACGAGGCUGUUUCUGUCCCAGAGAAGAAUGUGGCUGCUCCAGUUUUGGCUCCACGGGUAACUGUCCCUAAUUUACAGGACCCCGUCCGUCUCCUAGAGGCUCUGAUUGUCCCAGGGGAGGCUGUGUCUCUGCUAGAGGAGGCUCUGAUUGUCCCAGGGGAGGCUGUGUCUCUGCUAGAGGAGGCUCUGAUUGUCCCAGGGGAGGCUGUCUCUCUGCUAGAGGAGGCUCUAUCCGUCCCAGGGGAGACUGUCUCUCUGCUAGAGGAGGCUCUAUCCGUCCCAGGGGAGGCUGUCUCUCUGCUAGAGGAGGCUCUACCUGUCCCAGGGGAGGCUGUCUCUCUGCUAGAGGAGGCUCUACCUGUCCCAGGGGAGGCUGUCUCUCUGCUAGAGGAGGCUCUACCUGUCCCAGGGGAGGCUGUCUCUCUGCUAGAGGAGGCUCUACCUGUCCCAGGGGAGGCUGUCUCUCUGCUAGAGGAGGCUCUACCUGUCCCAGGGGAGGCUGUCUCUCUGUUAGAGGAGGCUCUACCUGCCCCAGGGGAGGCUGUCUCUCUGCUAGAGGAGGCUCUACCUGUCCCAGGGGAGGCUGUCUCUCUGCUAGAGGAGGCUCUACCUGUCCCAGGGGAGGCUGUCUCUCUGCUAGAGGAGGUUCUACCUGCCCCAGGGGAGGCUGUCUCUCUGCUAGAGGAGGCUCUACCUGCCCCAGGGGAGGCUGUCUCUCUGCUAGAGGAGGCUCUACCUGUCCCAGGGGAGGCUGUCUCUCUGCUAGAGGAGGCUCUACCUGCCCCAGGGGAGGCGGUCUCUCUGCUAGAGGAGACUCUACAUGUCCCAGGGAAGGCUGUCUCUCUGCUAGAGGAGGCUCUACCUGUCCCAGGGGAGGCUGCUUUAGAGAAAGAUGAGGAGGAUCUGCCUGUCUUUGAUGAGGAAGUGAAGAUACAGGAUGAAGAGCGGCCCCCGCAAGGGGUCUGUAGACCCUGCAGUGUGGACCUCAGUCAGAGCAAAGUGCAUGAUGGUCAGGAAGAUGACGGUCCUAUCAGAGCUAGAAGAAGAGCUCAGAACGCCCGACAACUAAGCGACGAGGACGAGGAACAGGAAGUAAGCGUCAAAGAGGAAGUGGAAGUCCUGACACCGGCGCCGAAAAAGAAAAGGGGCCGGCCAAGAAAGACUCCUCUUAUUAAAUACACGCAGGAAGUGUUGCCCGCCUUUGACCCGGGACUGAUCUCGACGGGGGAGUUGGUCCCAGUUCCCGGACCUCACCUGUUCUGGAAGAAUGAGUACAGUCUGGGUUGGCUGGACACCUUGCUGGUAGCGCUGGUCCACUGUCGCACCCUGAGGGACAGACGACCCAUCAAGAGGCCCACUGUCGGUCAACCGGUCUGGGAUCUGUGUGAGCGGUACGACCGAGCCUGUAGUCUCAGCACAGCCUACCAACACACUGGCGCAGAUGGUGUCGUCCGAGUGCCCUUCGCCGUGUCACAGAGGGUCCAGACUGAGAUGCAGGCCAUCAGGAUGGCCAUCUUUAAACUGCUGGAGCCUCUGCUGAAAUGUAAACUGGGUCAGAAUGAGAGGCUGGUUUUCGUCCUGCCUCUCCUCCUCGGGGCUGACUCCUGGGCCGACCGUCUCUUCCAGCAUGAGUAUGACUGGCAGUUCCAGUGUAACUCAUCAACUUGCCAGCACGCCACCAAAACAAAAUGUAACAAGAACCUCACCACUUUCACCAAUGUGGUUUCUGAUUGGCACCCUCUCAAUGCUGCCAACCAAUCACGUUGCAGCAAGUGUAAUAAGAUGAAGCAAGCCAGGAUGUUGGUGCUGGAGAGGCUGUCUCCUGUGUUUGUGCUACACUUUGCGGAAGGUCUCCCUGACAACGACCUCAGUGCGUACUCCUUCACCUUCCAGCAGCAGAGGUACUCCAUCACCACCGUCCUGCAGUACGACCAGCCGCUCGACCACCUGGUCAGCUGGAUACGUAUCCCUGAUGGAUCAUGGUUAGAGUUCGACGACCUGAAGCAUCCUGACUGUGUCUCACACACCCAGCUGGCUGUCCCGCCUAGAGAGAUCCAUGUUGUCUUCUGGGAGUUGGAGACAGACCGACCGGACAACCCACAGACACCCUGCUCUUCUCCUCCCAAAAACCUGACGAGCACUUCCUUGAUACAGAAAGAACCUCACCUGGCCAAGCUCUUUGUCGUUAAUGAAUCUCUAGACCUUUCUCAGACGGUCUCUGACGACGUUGACAUGGACGCCACCAUAACGGCUGACUACAUAGAUAACAAUAUGGACAAUAUGGACACAACAUUAAGGAAUAACUCUCCCAUCAUCGUCGGUUCCACCUCCAUGCUUGCUGAUGUACCACUCCAGUCCUGGUCUCACGACCUCUCUUCUCACGACCUCUCUCUCCCCCUCCCUCUCAAUGACACGGCCGUUGUCGAGGCGCUGACGGUGUCUGACAACACCGAUAAUGAGGACAUGGCACCACGGGUAACAGCCGGUGACCCGUCCAUCGGUUCUGCCACGCUGCUCGACACCUUCGAAGGCCUCUCCCACGAUGACGUCGUCACCCUGACGCUCGUAGAGGUCAAAAUGGACUCUGAGAGCAGACCGUUGGACGACGUCACCACGGCUCCCAAACAAAAUGGAAGAGACGUCUGCUUUCUCUCGGCUCCUAGAUCUGAGACCCCCCCACUUGCCCAUGAAAUACCCACUGAAUCUGAAACGCCCUCUGAAACAGACGAUGAAGACCUCGUCGAAAGGCCAACGUCCCCCGAAACGGCCAGUGAGUUUCUCCCUGACAGCAGUGACGUUCCGUCUGAGAGCGACUCUGAAGAACUCACUCCUAGUCCUCCCAGGAUCAGGAGAAGCAGCAAUAGACCUAAAAUGGCGUCCAACGCUCCAGUUGCUUCUGCAGCUAAGGUGGUCACAACAACAACAACACCAAUGGCACUUUCUGGAAGCUGUGGUGAAAUAAUCCUGCCCUCUGUUGUAUCUAUGAUGUCACCAUCAUAUGUGGAUCCCAGCCCCGCAGCACCAGAGUUCCCUCCAUCUCCCCCGCCCCACCCCAAAACCCCCAAUAGCCCCAACUCUCCUCAGAGCAUGCCUGGUCUCCCUCCCUCUCCCUCUCCCCUGCCCCACCCCAAUACCCCCAACUCUCCGCAGAGCAUGCCUGGUCUCUCUCCCCCGCCCCACCCCAAUACCCCCAACUCUCCGCAGAGCACGCCUGGUCUCCCUCCGCCACCACACCCCAACUCCCACUGGUCGUACCUGCUCAGCCGCCACCCCACCACCACCCCCACUCCCCCCAGCACCCAGAGACAACCCAGUCAGUUGAACCACUCGAUACCCAACCGGUUCCAGCAGCUUUCACAGAGCCGACAGACCCCCAAGAUGGCUCCCCCCAACCCAGACACCCGGCUGAAGAAGCCUCCUCCUCUCCCCAAAGCCAGACUCAGUAAGGAGGACAAUGAGGCCCUGCCGGUGAAGGCUGCCGAGAUGUACGGAGGGUUCCAGGCCAGGAGCAGGAACGUAAAUACAAACAUAAACAAUGUCUCUUCCAAGACUUCACCUCCAACCCAGCUCCUCUCUCAAAGAAUUGACCCUCAAAAUGGCGUCUGGAAGACACCAAGUCAGCCUGGCGCCCUCGCCUCGCGAAAACCCCCUAUCGACAACACUGCAGCAGUGUAUCCUAUCAUGACCUCACUUCCUUCUUCUCCGGGAGUCACGGAGCUCCAUAAAAUCUCUUCCUCCAGGAAUCAAGGCCCCGGUGGCCAGGUCUCGAAGGUUCCUGCCGGCCUCAGUGAGACAGAAGCCCUCAGGUACAAGCUGCUGAAGAAGCUGAAAGCCAAGAAGAAGAAACUAGAGAAGCUGAAUCAGAAGUUGGGUUUCCAGGCGGCUGCAGUAGGACAGAAGUGACCCACGGACCAGACCUUCGCUCCCCCCUCUACCGUUAGCUCCAGUACCUCCGCCUACGACAGCCCCGCCUACGAUGAGUUCUUCGCCGACCUUCUGUCGCCCGCGACGACUGCCAGCAAUCUAUCACCGGACAGCACGGGCUUCCUGGAUAUGCUCACCACCAAUGGGCAAGAAGGGGGAGGGAACUUGGCGUGUGGGGGGAAUGCGAUUGGUGGAGCCUCACAGGUGAUGACCCCUGCGACCUUACAACCGGCCAAUCACGGUGUAGUAAUGCCACUGCCUGGUCUAGAUGGGGCCAUCAUGACCUCUGGUGAGAACUUCCUGGAGGAGUUCAUAUCGGGGUCGGCCAAUCAGCAGAUGGAGACGGAAGCACUCAGUGCUUUUGACCUGUUCUUUUAGGCUUCGUUAACCACAGGUCUAGGAUCUGCUAUCUGCUUACCAAACCCCUGAGCUUAAACAUCCAAGCUUAGCUCAGAUCAGUGGCGACAUCUCGUUCAAUGAAAGGAUUCUCAUUGUCUAAUUCGUUGACUAGAUCACUAUAUAGGAAGCAGAGUUGCCAGUGUAGACGUGGACAGUUGCUAGGAGAAACGACAUGCUACUACACCUUUCAGUCGCGUGUGUGUACGUGGCAUCAGUGGGUUGUUCUGUUAUUGGUAGCAUGUGUCACACAAAGUGGAAUCUUAACAGCCAUUUAAAAUAAACACUCCCAUAUCAUUCAUUGUUUCCAAAGAAUGUUGUGAAGUUGAAUACGGUUUAACGUUGAUACUCAUUGAAGCUUUGUCCUAAACGCCACCUUAUUCCCUAGAUACUAUAUUUUGACCAGGUCCUAUAAGGUCCUCAAGUAAAAAAAUAAAAAAUAAUAGACAGAUUGAGGCUUUUAAACGAAUGUGAAAUAUAGAGCUUGUUUCAGGGUAAGGUAAGGUUCUGUAAGGUUAAUAGUUGUUUCAGAGUACAGUAGAACUCAUUCUGUAAGGUUAAUAGGCGAGUGAUCUGAUCUUGCUUCGGAAUGUUCCGGAGAAAUCAUCUGUUUUGCUUUAGGUUGCCUUUUUAUUAUUGUAUUUACAUUUUGUCUGAAUUACUUAAAAUCCUGACAACUAGGAUAAAAAAAGCUGACAACUAGGAUAAAAAAGCCUGACAACUAGGAUAAAAAAGCCUGACAACUAGGAUAAAAAAAGCCUGACAACUAGGAUAAAAAAAGCCUUGACAACUAGGAUAAAAAAGCCUGACAACUAGGAUAAAAAAAGCCUGACAACUAGGAUAAAAAAGCCUGACAACUAGGAUAAAAAAAGCCUGACAACUAGGAUAAAAAAGCCUGACAACUAGGAUAAAAAAAGCCUGACAACUAGGAUAAAAAAAGCCUGACAACUAGGAUAAAAAAAGCCUGACAACUAGGAUAAAAAAGCCUACAACUAGGAUAAAAAAGCCUGACAACUAGGAUAAAAAAAGCCUGACAACUAGGAUAAGAAGGUUCGUGUUUUAGAGGUGGUUGGAACUCUCCAUUGGUUGUUUUUGAAUGUAAUUUUGUAAUACAAAAAGUGACUGUUGUAAAAUGUUGUACAGGAUUGGAUACUGUAUAUAAUUCUAAUAAAAUCUAAUGUUUUCUUUAAACGGA